AUGUCCGAUUCAGACUCUACGCUAUCCCCAGAGCCUCAGCGCACUAUUAAAAUAAUAUUCAUCUCGGAUUAUGUCUGUAGUUUUUGCUACAUCGGGAACAAGGCUCUGCAAGACGCCAUCGCCGGAUGCCAUGACUUGGAUGUACGAUUCGACGUGGAAUUUCGGCCAUUUACACUCCUUUGCCAAUCAUCAGUGCCCGAGGUACCCGAGGUGAACGGGAAAAAGGUGCCAAAUCGCUGGGAUUACCUCGUUCGGAAGUUUGGUAAAGAGCAAGCGGAAGCCAAGUGGAAAAUGGUCGAAGAAUUGGCACAGAAAGCUGGUUUACCACUGGCGGAAGACGGGAUUGUGGCCCGGUCCACCCAAGCACACAGACUAUCUGUAAAAGCUUAUAAAGUCGGCGGGCAAGAAAUGCAAGGAAAACUCAACGACAUUAUAUUUCAAGCCGUGUUCGUCGACUGCCAGGAUAUCAGUGACGUCGAGUUGCUGGCCGAUGCAGCGGAGAAAAUUGAUUUGAUGAAUAAGGCAGAGGCUACCACUUUCUUGCAAGAUACCGAUUGCAAGAACUGCGUCAAUCAAAUGAUUGACGCUGCUCGGGCGAGCGGUGUCAACGGCGUGCCCUCCAUCAUUAUCGACGGAAAAUGGGCAUUGAAAGGCGUACAAUCCACAGAGUGUUACCUUCAGGUGAGCAAGAUCAUUCACCGACCUGGCCCAACUCUUCAUUCCCCCUUACCAACUCUUACCAAUUAG